AUGGAAAAUGAAAAGGUGCAGAAAAAACAGUGUGAUAUGAAAACAGAUCUGAACUUACUGCUUGAAUGCCUUAAAUAUCAGAUGGACUGCCCUGUGUCUCAGAAAGAGGCUUUGAUCACUAUUUAUUCAAUUUGUCAACAAAACAGUGAAGCAAGCGAAUAUUUUCGAGAAAUUGGUGGUUUGAUGUUCAUAAAUGAUCUUGCAAAGUCAAGUGUUCAUUGCAUAGUAAAGGAAGCAGCUUUAUUUACCUUAGGAAUUAUAAUAGAGAGUAAUGUUUAUUGUCAACAAAGUUUGUGUACUUCUGCAUUGUUUGAAGACCUCAUUUUAUUUUUAAUUAAUAAGGAUUCUGGUGUGAACUUGAAAAGAAUGUCUGUUUAUGUCAUCUUAGUACUGGUUUCAAAUAAUAAAAGUGGGCAAACUUAUGUCAGAGAUACAGGCUGCAUUGGUCUUCUGCUACAGUUAUUUAGAACAACUCUUUCCACAUGUGAGAUGAAUCUGUCAGAUGAAAAUACUCAUCAGUGCUAUCAGCUGUGGUCUUCAGUCUGCAGUACUCUCUGUGCCUGUGUCAACAAUCCUCAGAAUGAAGAUAAUCAAAACAUUUGCUGUUCAGUUCUUCCAUAUGCCAAAGAGUGGCUCGAAAGUUGCACAGAGCCUGAGAUAGUUCGUCCUAUUUGUUCAUUUGUUGGUCUCACAGUUGCAAAUAACUCAUAUGUGCAGAAAUAUUUUGUUUCUGUUGGAGGAUUGGAUACAUUAGCUAAAGUUCUCAUCAAGCUUAUGCAUGAUUCCUAUAUGAGUCACUCAAGCACAAAACUUGCAGCAGUGGUAACAAAGACUCUGGAUGCCUGCAUUGCUAAUGACUCUGCCAUGGGUGUUGUCUUAUCAAAGUAUCACACUGUGUCGGAGCUACUGAAGCUGCUGUCCAAUGACACUCUGGAUACAGGAGAAAAAAUUAGUAUUAUUCUAACACUUGGACACUGUACUGAAGUUUGUGAACAAAACCAGUGUGAAUUGCUCGAGAACAAUGGUCUUCCACUUAUGAUUCAGGUAUUAACGGAGUCUCAUGACGAGGAACUAAACAAAGCUGCUACUUUUGUGCUGCAAAAUUGCAAACGAAUGACUGAACAAUUGUCCCUGAAAAUAAGUGAUAAUUCAUUAAACAUGAACAAUGCAGAAGAGCUGGACAUGCAAAUCAGAAAAAGAAGUCUACAAGACUACUGGAAGAAAGCAAAAGAGAUUUUACACAGAAUAAACUUGAUUGACAAAGAACAUGAUGAGGGAAGAGUGCAAGAAAGUGUAUUUUUAGGCAGAUCUUCAGAAGCCAGUACUGAAGCAUCAAAAUACCAUGAAGUGAAUCCUGCUGAUCCAAAAACUUAUAUAGAAAGAACACAUAAAGAAGUACUCUGUCCACAGUUGACCUUUAAGUCAGAGGGUCACGUUCUUGCUCCAUCUGUAAAUUCUUCUCCUCUGAAAAAUGAAAUCAUGAACACUAUGGAUCCAGUAAAUGCUGCUACUAGACAAAGUGAACAGAGUAAUAUUCCAUGUGCAGUUAAUGAACUGCAAACAUACAGUGUACUUCAAAGUCACAGUAUAAAUGAAAAAAAUGCUUGUGUAAAAAAUCAGUCUACUGUUCAAAAAGGUGAAGCCUUGUGUAGUCAACCAGCAGAGACUGUUAAAAAUAUGAAACAGACAUGCACAUCAGAUUGGCAUUCAUUCUACUCGGAGAUAACCAAGGAAGAAGAAAGCACUUCAGCUCCAUCUGCGUCCCAUAAAAUGGCAGAUUUAAGGUGUUUAGGUUGUACAGCAGGAGGACUGUCCUUCAAUAGUAAAACCUUUACCAAGAUGUUGCAAAGUUGUCCAUGCCUGUGUGACCGUCACAAAGUCAUUCUGGAAGCUGAAGAAAGAUACAAAAAAGAACUUCGCAAACUGGCUGUUUGUAACAACAGUAGAUAUGCAACUCAUGAGAGUAUUCUUUUGACUCCAAUUAGAAAAAGCAAACCUGAUACUGCAAAUAGAGAUGAACAUAUUAAAAAUACUGGGUUGACCAAUGACUAUAACUUGAGACCUAUGUAUGAAAAGUCUUUCCAAAAAAACCAAGAUGCUAACUUGAAGAGGCAGAGAGUCAAAGAAAUGUGCAACCAGCAAUGUCAGUGCUUAAAAGAAAAUUGCACAUAUUCACUUGACAAAGAUGAGAACAAUGAAAUAUGUUCCCUGGACAUGAACACAAGAACUUUAAAGAAGAGAAGAAGAACCCGAAAAGAUUUCACAACUGAAGAGAUUAACUGUCUUUUGAAUGGAGUAAAACAAAUGGGUCAUCACUGGAAUUUAAUUUUGUGGUCUUACCCGUUUCAGAAAGGACGGACAAGUGUUGAUCUUUCCAAGAAAUACUACAGGUUACAGUUGCAAGUAAUCACAAUUUAA